CACAACGCUGUUGCCAUGACGACGUAAACAGUGAGCACGAACUUUGUGACAGCGAGGCGUCGAUAUUUCUACAACAACAGGUUUCUGCUUUUACAUACAGCUUUAUUAUUGUUUUUAAAGUAAAAAAGAAAACAUACCGACAAUGAUUCCACCAGCCGAGUCUCUCCUGAAAUAUGAAAAUCCAGUUUUGAUCAGCAAAACCACAGACAAGAAGUCACCGAAGGGACGCCCUUUGAGAGUGAGUCCUCAACAGCCUGCCAGCACAAGCCCUGUCCCACCACCUCCCAAACCAAAAUCUGCCACUUACGAUGCCACCAGGCAGGUAAAUGAGGAGAUCCUGAACGCCAUCCUCCCACCCAGGGAAUGGAUGGAGGGAAACCAACUGUGGGUGCAGCAAGUGUCCAGUGCACCUUGUACAAGAUCAGAUGUUAUUCAGCUAGAGGAGCUGCUGGAUAUAAAGAUACAGCAAAGGCAGGCCAGGAACACAGGAAUCUGUCCUGUACGCAGGGAGCUGUAUUCCCAGUGUUUUGAUGAGCUGAUCAGACAGGUGACCAUCAACUGUGCUGAGAGGGGCCUGCUGUUGUUGAGGGUUCGGGACGAGAUUCAAAUGACUAUUGACGCCUAUCAGACACUGCUCGAAAGCAGCGUGGCUUUUGGUAUAAGGAAAGCACUGCAGGCCGAGCAGGGAAAGGCUGACAUGAAUAGAAGAAUUUCUGAACUGGAGAAUGAGAAACAAGAUCUGAUGAAGGAAUUAAACGAACAGAAAGCUCAGCAUGAGUCACAUGAAAAGAGAGAACGUGAAAAGCGACAGAUAGAAGAGAAGAAGCACAACGAAGAGAUUCAGUGUCUUAAGAGAGCCAACCAGCAGCUCAAGAGCCAUCUGGAAGAGAUCGUGACACCAAAGAAGUAACUU